GAGGAUACAAUGUAUCCCUAAAGUUCUAAAACUUACCUAAUGAAGCCAGUGAGUGACUGCAAGCUUCCAGCCCUCAGCCAGAGGAAACAUUGAGUGGGGCUAACUCACACCACAUUACCAACCAAGGAGGCUGCAUCUGGGAAACUUGUCUGCAGGAAUAAUGAAGUGGGAAAAAGUUUGCAAAGCCCUCAGCCUGGGUCACAUCUGGAGCAUGGUACUCGAAUGGCUUCUGCUCACAGGACUCAUUGAGGCUUAUAAUAUAGAGGAAACUGAUUCUUUGCUGUUUAGGGGUCCCAAUGGCUCACUGUUUGGAUAUUCAGUUGUGCUGCACAGCUAUAACGACGAUAAAUGGAUUAUAGCCGGUGCUCCCAAAACUGACUGGUCUCUCAACGUUCGUGUUAGUAGCCCGGGUGCAAUUUUUAAAUGCAAAAUUGGAAAUAAUCCAAAUGGCACGUGUGACCUUAUGGAAAUGGGUAUCGAUACCGGAGCCGUGUGCGGGAAAACGUGUACGGCAGAGCCCGAUAACCAGUGGUUGGGAGUUAGCUUAUCUAGACAAGCAAAAGAUGGAGAAAUACUGGCUUGUGGUCAUCGGUGGAAAAAUACAUAUUAUAUGACCAGUGAGCACAAAUUACCCUACGGAGUCUGCUAUGCAAUACCUUCAAAUCUGCAGGCUGGCUUAAGCAAAAGGAUAUGCCCAUGCUAUAAAGAUUAUGUUAGAAAGUUUGCUGAGGAAUAUGGCUCAUGUCAAGCUGGGAUAUCAAGUGCAUAUCUUGAGGAUAUUAUAGUUAUGGGGGCUCCAGGAUCUCAUUAUUGGACUGGUUCACUUUUUGUGUAUAAUACGACCAGGAAUAAAAUAAUUUCCUAUGAGGACCGGACUAACACAGUCAAGUUUGGGAGUUAUUUAGGCUACUCUGUUGCGGUUGGACAUUUCCAAGCCCCAGACAGUUUUGAAGUUGUAGGAGGAGCCCCACAACAGGAGCAGAUUGGUAAAGCAUACAUCUUUUCACUUGGAAAGACUCAGCUGGAUGUUAUAUUCGAAGUAGCUGGAACAAAGAUUGGCUCGUACUUCGGUGCUUCCGUGUGUGCUGUAGAUCUAAAUGGUGAUGGCCUCUCAGACUUGUUGGUGGGAGCACCGAUGCAAAGCAAACUUCGAGAAGAAGGGAGUGUUUUUGUUUAUGUGAAUACUGGUGGUGGAGUGAUGGAAGAACUUCCGUUUGAACUUUCUGGAAGUGACUUAUACGCAGCAAGAUUCGGAGAGACCAUAACCAACCUUGGUGACCUCGAUAAGGAUGGGUUUGAAGAUGUGGCCAUAGGAGCGCCUCAUGAAAAUGAUCUUGAGGGAGCGGUAUAUAUAUACAAUGGCAGAAAAAGAGGGAUAACGCAGUCAUUUUCACAGAGAAUACAGGGGAAGACAUUUGGCAAUGGCUUACAAAUGUUUGGACAGUCAAUAUCUGCUGGGAUAGAUGUAGAUGGAAAUGGAUAUCAAGAUGUCGCAAUUGGAGCUUUCCUGUCGGACUCCGUGGUACUGCUGAGAACCAAGCCGGUGGUCAUUGUCAAUGCAACGUUAGUGAUGGCAAGUUCUGUAAAUCGGACGAAGGUCAACUGUAUUGAAAAUGGACAUCCUGCAGUGUGCAUGAAUGUAACAGUCUGCUUCAGUUACGAAGGGCUGGAAGUCCCAGGUCACAUUGUUUUACACUAUAAUAUCAGUUCAGAUACUAGAAGAAAGCCCGGGACACAUGCAAGAUUCUACUUUUUAUCAAACGGAACAAUGGAUGUGAUUUCAGGAACUAUCAACAUUCUGCAGCGGAUUGCAAAUUGUAAAACAUACCAGGCUUUCAUGCGGAAAGAUGUGCGGGAUAUUCUUACUCCAAUACACAUGGAAACCCGUUACCAUCUUGGAGAACAUAUAGUAUAUAAGAAAAGUAAGAGAAAUGUGCAAACAUUUACCCCACUCCAACCAAUUCUUCAGCAGCAAGAAGAAAGUGACAGUGUAAUAAGACAUGUGGUAACCUUUGCAAGAUACUGUGGUUUACCCAACUGCUCUGCGGACUUGCAGAUCUCUGGCAAAUUCUCAUUUCCAAAAGCUUUUGAAAACAAAACGUACCUUGUAGUUGGAGGCUCGAAGACUUUAAUGAUCAACGUUUCUCUGUACAAUGCUGGAGAUGAUGCAUAUCAGUCUACCCUACAGAUGCGACUCCCCAAAGGGGUUAACUUUAUAAAAGUUCUGGACUUGCCUGAAAAACAGAUAAACUGUGACGUUAAUGAAGAAGAAAAUCAGCUGAUAACAUUGUCUUGCAGUGUUGGUCUCUACUAUGUCGAUUCACAUUCAAAGCAAGAGUUUUCAUUCCUCCUGGAUACAAGUUCCCUCAGCAAAGCAGAAGAUGAUCUUACACUCAACAUUACAGCAAACUGUGAAAAUGAAGUAAACCAAGGCAUGUUAUCGAACAAUGUUGUGACUUUCGUCAUACCAACAAGAAAUGAGGUCAAUCUCAAUGUCAUUGGAAUGGUGUCUCCUUUAUCGCUUGUGUUUGGACCCUCUGAAGAGGAAAUUGUUGCCCCAUGUGUUAUGGAGAAGAUAUCAUUCACUUUUAAUGUAAUCAAUUCUGGAUCCAGUCUUGCUCCCGGUGCCAAGCUGGAGAUAAUGAUACCCAACACGUUUGCACCUAGCAAAAUAAAAUUGUUCAAUUUGCUGGACGUCUCGACUACUGCUGGACAGUGUUCGUUUACAAAUUAUUUUCGAGAAUGUGAUACGCCAAAGAAAAAUGGAACAAUGUUUGGGGAUCUAGUUGCCUUCUUUUCAAAACCUGAGAAGAGGGUAUUGUUCUGCUUUGAAGAUGAUUCUUCUUGCAUACACAUUUCAUGUUCGUUUGGAGACUUGGAAAGUGAAAAUGAGGUAAUCGUGGCAGUACAGCUUGAACUAAAUCUUCUACUUCUGGAAAUGGAUGAAUCUUCAGUGAUUGUGUUUAUGACAACUGCUAUGGCAGGACACGAGGCAAACCCAAAAGUGAUUAACAUGAACCCAAAUAAGCAAACACAUGUAUUCCUGGAAGCACUACAUAAUCAACAGCCCCAAGCACACAUAGUUAUUUUAAUUAUUUGUUUAAGCCUGUUGUUUGGCCUUAUUCUAUUUUUGGUGCUCACUUAUGUGCUAUGGAAGGUUGGGUUCUUUAAAAGAAAAUACAAGCCUUUAAAUUCAGAUAUAAGUUGGAACUAUGUAAACCAAGAUGAAAAAUAGAAGUAAUAUUUAUUGAAUAUUCUAAGAAUAAAAACUAUAUGGAUGUUUAAACCACAAAUUAUGAAGAAAACAUUUUUUUUAAUGAAAAUGCGAGAAAACGAUUCUGAAUAAAUCGAUCUUCAUUUCCUCAGGAUGAAAAACUAUACUUGGAGAAUUUUACGUUUUGAAAAUGCACUGUUCCCUAAAAAGAUAUAUAUACACAACGUCUUAUCUCAGGAAUUUAGAAAAAAAUUAAGCAAUAUUCAAACAAGUGAUAACUUAAUGAAUAUACACAUCUUAAAGAUUGUCUUGGCCAAAGAUCACUGUAAAAAUGAUGGGUCUUCAAAAGUUCUAUUUCACUUCAACUCAAAAUUCAAAAAACUGAAUUGAGCAUCUUACUAGCAAAAUAGAACUGUCAAAAUGUCCUUUGCACUGCAGCCAGUGCCGAUAAGAAGAGACUUUUUUUCAGAGACAAAGGAGAGGCGUGAGCGGAUGAACAUAGCUCUUUAAAGCUAUUUUGUUUCAAAACACUAAAAACAUCCAGUGGACUUGUGAACAAAACUGGAUGUAUCCAUAAAGAUCUGUUAUGUGUUACGUUAUGGUAUGGUUGUUGACUUGUGUUUGUAAUUAAAAUAUGUAAUAUUGAUGUUUUGGAAGAAAAUAGUAAGUUUAAAAAAAAAAAUAACUGCUGCAGAACUUGCAAUGUAUGUUUUUAAUUUUAAUUUGGAUUCUAAGCUGCUGUGCAUAAUGCGCUGUGAAAAAAAAAAAAUCAGAUCUAUUAUUAUGGUCAAAAUCUAUAAAAAUAACAGUUUCCUUUCAAAGGAAAACUCCAGAAAUUUUAACAAUGUGUUACGGAGAUAUGUUGCAUUUAAACAUACAGUACAACAAUAAACAUGUUCCCUUCUCAAUGUUCUCUCUUACAGCAUCAAAUCAAAAAUUCUACUGCUUCAAAGGGCAUUCUCUUGAACCAGGUUGAGAUUUUUAAGGCAAUCUUUGU